CAUCCUGAGGAGUGGACCUGGCUCCCGGCCUAAUCCAUUUGAUUGCAUCUUAGUCCAGUAGAUGGCGGUAAUACACUUUGCCUGUAAACUGCUGUAAGAGGUAACAGAAGAAGACGAUGUUAUUUCCUUCUGCUCUCUUCUCCAACCAAUUAUAGAAACAAGAGUGCGAUUUAUCUUAUUUCCAUCCAUUUUAAAUAUUGCCCGCGAGGAUUUCUACUGAUCGACGUGGUGUAGGCUUGCUUUAGGAUUGCCCGCUUAGAAUGCAGAUGAAGGAUCGCUGACGGGAAAUGGAUUUGUUUAUUAUUAUUUCUCUGCUAUUUGUAGGGCAUGUCACCACGUCUGUGAAAGGAUACAGUGUCGAAGAAGAAAUUUAUGUGAGACAUCAGUAUGUAUGCCCUGGUCAGUUUGUCACCUUCUCAAAAGCCAAAUAUUAUAAGGAUUUGUUUUUUCAACCGAGUGGGUCGGACUCUGCGAUGCAGGUAGCAAACCGGACUCAUAUCUUGCUCCCUUCUUAUGAGUUCCGAAACAGAGACGUGUUUAUUCCUGAGGUCACUAGACAACAUGAGGGCGAUUAUUUCUGGACACAUGCCAGCACUGCUGCUACAUUUCUGUUGAGGUUGGGAACGACCAAAUUAUUUCUCAAAGAUUGUGGCAGUGCGAAGGAAGUAUAUUAUGGAAAUAAGUUCAGUCUGGAGGUGCCACAGGCGGCGUCCGUAUUGGAGUUCACCAGAGAGGGGUCGACUGACCGCAAGAUCCUGUGGAGUCGGAACAACACAGAUAACAGUCUGGGAGCCAGCUGGAAUGCCUUCAAUAUCAAGUACGCCGAUGCGGGCCGCUAUGCUUUCCUAAAGGAGAACGGGGUCGAGAUCUCCAGCACUUCUCUUUAUGUUCGAGAAAACCUGGAAUAUUACGAUGUGAGUAAGAAGUCCUUCCUGGAAAGCAAGUUCCCAGUUCCUAUAAACGAGGCUGUGGUUAUGUUUAUCGAUCCAUCGCAGAAUGAGUAUCUGCUCUUUGUACAUGGCACAAAGACCGAGAAAGCAUUCCAGAUGUUUCAGGAUCGGUUGCAGCUACAGCCAUCGCAAAGUGGAGAACUGGAACUCCGUAUUAUGGGCCUGAAAUCAAGGGAUGUGGGACGAUAUGAAGUCAAAGACAAGGAAGAAGGCCUCGUCUCUGUCAUAUGGCUUUCUGAGACUGUUCUACAACCAAGAAGAGUGAAUGCUCAAAUUUCAAUGGACAUGACUGGACCCAUUGCCGCUGGUUGUGUGAUCAGUAUAUUGAUUGUUUUAAUGAUCACCUGUUGCUGUGUGUGGAGGUCUCGCAAGAAGAGGGAUACAGCCCCUGUUUCUUCACCAUCACCAGAGUACCACGCGCCCAUCUAUGUGCAUGAUCCUGUUGUAAUAUAUUCACCAGGCCACCCCCUUCAACUUCGGCCUACGGCACCAGUUGUAGAGGAAGGUUCUGCUGCCCCUGUAGAGAGUGCAGAUGGGCAAUCGGGGCAGCAGUCUCUCCCUUCAUCUCAACCCUUGGACAACAAUGUCCCACUUUCUUACAAUGAAGUUAUUGGCAGUGGUCCUGAGCCUCUCUAUACAUACCCUUCUGCUGCUCCUUCUGGGGCCUCAGCUGGAGGAGCGGGAGGAGGAGGGGCCGACCCUGACCCUAGUGCCCCACCAGACCCUGGGAUUCAGUACCAGCCCCAGGGGUGGGGUGGAAGUAUGGGAGACUUCCUCACCAGUUCUCCUCUGAACAUGGACACCAACACCGCCACCAGUACCUACAAUUCAGACAAACUCAACUUUUGAAAAAAGCAUUCAUGAAAAAGUUCAAGAAAAGUUUAUAUUUUAUACUUUACACUUUAUUUUACACUUUCUUUUCCAGAACUACUUACAGUGCAGUAGAGAUGCAUAAGGACAUGUAGUAGCCUACAGGCAUGUCUAGCAUUGGCCAGCGGCUAGCAUAACACAAUGCUCAGACCAUAAUAAGUUCUGUCUCAUUCCUAUGGUAACACAAUUGGUUUGCCUUAACUGAAAAUUGAAUAAGCGCGCGUUGCGCUAUGAAAGUUGAACCAAGUUCAAAGCUCAGCUUGUUCAACGCUAGCGUUACACCAGCAUUGCCACCGUUCCGUUGCCGAACCACAGAGAACAACAGGAAACCUGCAGCUUGCCGCUGGCUAAUGUAAUCCAUAGACAGUGUUGGGGAGUAACGGAAAACAUGUACCGGCUUUACGUAUUCAGAAUACAAAUUAUGAGUAACUGUAUUCCGUUACAGUUACAAUUUAGCUGGUAUUUAGAAUACAGUUACAUUGUUGAAAUCAAUGGAUUAGCCUACAUGACGAUACUUCUCUAUUUCAUAAGUUUAUUCACUCUCUAAAGGCAACUCCAUUUCCCAGAAGCUCCUGAAAGCAAUCUAUGAUGAAAUUGUUUCCAUGUUUAAAUCCAAGCCCUGCCGUCUUGCACUAGCCUCACAUUGCACCCAUCAAAAUGCAGCCAGUGUGCAUUAUGGACGCGUCAUCAGAGACCCUGAAAUAACUGUUUGCACAGCAAAUUAGGAGUAAAGUAAGUGGAGGUAACUCCUGUUCCUCACUGAUCGUGGUUCCUGAUGUCUGUUCAAAGGAUAUUUUCCCAAGUAUUAAUAGCUCAGGCUACUUCGGCCAAUCGGUUACAGUUUGCUAAUCAAUAAACAAAGCCUAGUUCACAUGUUGAUUUAGACCUACAAUAAAAACCCAUCUCUAAAAUAGGCACUGCACAAGUUUUUUUAUUGUAACUUAAAAUAGCUUUAUGGCUUAUUUUAUUUCUAAUUAGAUCUACAUUUACGUUCUAAAAUAAAUUAUGAUGCAGCCUGUGAAGAAUUAUUCUUUUGAGUAGCAUAUUUUAACGUGCGUUUUUUUAUUGUCAUUACACAAUCACGUUAAUUUUGAGCACUGAUAUACAGUAGCCUAUAGUGUUUACAUUUGCAGGUCAUUUGCGUUCCACCUGUCAUAUGGGCCCCUCAUUUGUACUGGGUUGAUUCCACCUAAAAUCUCACAGGCACACCUUAAUUAUAAUUUCUGGCUACGCCCUGAAAGUAGCCUAUUUUUUUUUAUUUGUGUUAAUUAGCCUAGUCGCCUGCUGUAAUUUUAGUGGUCACCUUGCUUUUUUUAUAGUUGAAUCAGGUAGCUUAGUUUACUUUAAGUUCUCCUAUGUGGGCCUAACACUUCAGCCAUUUGGAACAGAAGAACACACCAGAAUAGGCCUGUUUAGUAAGCAGGAUUUGAUGGCCGCAUUCCUACACUUAUAAAAUGCAAUUCAAUGCGGAAGUAAUCCAAGUAUUCAGAAUACGUUACUGAGAUUGAAUAAUGUAACGGAAUACGUUACAAAUUACAUUUUUGGGCAUGUAUUCUGUAUUCUGUAACGGAAUAUGUUUUGAAAGUAACCUUCCCAACACUGUCCAUAGAGAACAAUAGGAAACCUGCCGCUUGCCGCUGGCUAAUGUGAUCCAUAGAGAACAAUAGGAAACCUGCCACUGGCUAAUGUGAUCCCUUGUGAGGCCUUGAUGAAGUAAUUUCCUACCUCACAAAUCAUGACACAAUCUGCAAAGACUCACGGACAUGUCAGGGCCCACGGUUUGUUCUCCUGCUGCUGUAGUCAUCAGGUUCUCUUCUACACAUCUUCAUGAGACUUAACAUUGACUUUAAAUCCCAAGUUAGGACAUUUGAUGAGAAUACUGGUGAACACCUACAGUAUACUACAGUUAGCUAACUUUAACCCUAACCCAAUCAGGAACAGAUCAAAUCAAUAGAAUGGGGAUUUAAUUACUAAGUAUUAAGUAUUUUCAUUAUUUUUAAUUGUAGUGAUCUUAUUUGUAAUUGUACUUUAAAAUCUGAUUAAUAUAAUAGUUAAAAACUGUUUUCUCAGAUUGCUCAACUUACCCCUAAUGUCGGGCAGGUUAAACCACAAAAACUCUUUUUGACCCAAUAUUUUGUUGUCUAUUCAGGCUCAAAGAUAACAUGAGUCAAGCACAUAGAUAAUGCACAUUGCACAAGUUACAUGCCUUACUUUUGUUCCAGUGUAUACUGUACAGUAUUAUCUUUAGCCAUAGGACAACUCAGGUAAAAAGAGGCUCAACUUAACCUUUAUGUAUUUGGGGAAAAAUGCUUUCAAGGUGGAGCCCUAGAGCCCAUUUUAUCGGUAUAAAUAAGUGUCUUCUUAUUUUGGGAUUUUGAAACAGUCGCACCACUUUCAUGCCGUGAAGCCCGUAUUUCAGCUGAAGUAGCGUGUGGGGUUUUCCUACUGUAUGCAUCCCAACCAAUUUUCCUGGCAGUUGAGUAGAAAUCUUUGUUGGUCUGUCUGACUUAUAGAGUCAAUUUAAAGCAACACCAAAGAGUUUUUUUGUACCUUAAAAUAAUGUUUCCAAAAUCGUUUCAGUGGUUCAUCAACUUGUAACAGGGUGAACGGCACUUCUGCAUUCGCUUUGCA